GAACUCUGCCUGCAAGCACAAGGCUGCUGCGACAAUGGAGAAAAAGAUGGUUUAUUUAAAAAUGGAACGGGACAAAAUUAGACUCUCGGAAAACCCACUCAGCGGGUGAUUUUUAUCUUGAAUUAAUUUUUCCCCAUUUGCCUCGAAGGUGGCUUGCGAAUGACCGGGUGUCGGUACUCCAACGUUUGCCAGUGCCGGGUCAAGACGUGUUUUCCCGUAAUUAUUUCGUUGUUGUCGUCGUCGUCGUUGUCGCUUUUUUAUAUCGACAGAGACAAUCGCGUUCGAACCGACAGAUCCGGAGGGGACAAUUCCGAGAGGAAUUGAUUAGUCGAAUCAGAAGGAUAUUUAUUUUUCCUGAGCUCGGUGAAUGAAUGCCGCAGUGAUUGAAUUGGAAUUUUGAGGAGCAUCAGACUUCGGAGUGGUAGCUGUUUUUUUUUUUCGCUGACGGUUUACCGGGCGACCCGGAGAAAUGGAUAUCAAGGCGAAUCUCAUCGAAUGGAUGGAACUUUUGAAUGACAUGAUUCAAUUCCUGGAUGCAACCGCAUCGGCAGAAAUGUGCAACUCUCCGAGGAAAGCCAUUGCAACGAACGGUCGAGAACGACACCCACAAUGUGCCUCUGCUGCUUCUGCUGACGUGCUGAAAUGUGAGGAAAAAUGCGACUGGAGUCCCCUGGACCCAAAAGAGAGUGCCGAGUACAUGAAUAUUGUCAAUAAAAUAGAUGAAUCUCAUCGCCUUACGUUGAUACACAAAUGCAAUGCGGUGCUUGGAAAGCUGCACGAGUGGCUGUUGGCAGCCAUGCUAGAAUCGUCACUACAGCCACUGCUGAAGAAGGAAUUAGAUGGAGCGAAAGAUGACAAGGACGAGGAAAACUCAUAUCUGGAGAUGGGUGGUGUGGGACAUAAAAAUGAUAUUAAUUUAACUCAACCGACAGAUAAGAUUGACUCUUGUGAAAUUUCCGAAAAGGAUGAUGCUGUUGGUGGUUUCCUGGAAGUAGACUCAGCUGGCAAGAACGAAGCAGAACUCAACUUGGAAGAAAAUUGUUAUGAUUUUACAACCGAUAGAAGCCUGUACGAUGAUUGCUCUUCCGACAUGAAAUUGAAUAAUGUAGCGUGCGUAAUCCCAGUGGAUGAAGACGAUAGCAAGUGUCCCUUUAGUGGUUUACCAGCAGCUCAUCUACGCAUCAAGCAGUCCCCCAAGAGUGGAACUCUUUUCAGGCAUGAGAAACGACUGUUUUUUGAUCAGACGAAGAAGUUUUAUGUAGGGUUGUUAGAUCGUUGGCUUCUCUUGUAUAAUAACAGUAACGAACUCAAACCAGCUCAGUGUAUUCAUGUUAAAGACUUUAAAUUAGAUCUCAAUCUUAAUGACCAGUUCAACGAAAAACACCAAUUCCAUAUAAUUACUCAAAGCGAUUCGAAGGUUUGCUUUCUGUCACCAAGCUUCAAGGAGAUGAAUGAGUGGAUUGUGGCACUAGAGCAAAGUAUUCUAGUAAAAACCGAGAAUACGGCCACAAACAGUUCCAGGAAAUUGCCACUUCCUCCUACACCGGACGAUGAACCCGAUAAUAACUGUCUGGCAAGUAACAACCACGUGGAUCAUACCGACAGUAUCUACGAAGAGCCCCAACUUUUACACAAACAACAUGAACUGGUAGAACAGAGCCAACAACACGGUUACGACACUCCGAAGCCAUCCAUUGUCGAUGUUUGUCACCACAACCACCAAAGUCAACAGCACUCGAAAACAAGUCCAACUAAAAUAAUUAAUGACGUUCUGAUUUCUCCCACGACAACUCCCAGAGCAAACAAGUGUGAACCAAUUAGCCAUACGGUAGUGCCAACUGUUGCGACGAACUCCUCCUCAACCCCAACGACGCCUACUUCGACGACGCCAGUCAAAAGUUGGCUCUUUAAUCGUUUCCAUAAAUCAGCCUCCUCUGAUGGCAACGGAGCGCCGUCCUCUUUGGAGCAUUCUACGAAGCACACUCGCAAGGCGCACUCUUCCAAGAAGCUCUCCUUUCAACAGGAGCACAUAGUACCAGAUGUGAUUGCAAAACCGCCACCCGGUAGUCCGGCCAAAACUACUGGUAAUGCCAGCAAUAGUACCCGUACGGUUCCUUCGACGGCCGGAAAAGGAACGAAAAUAAAUAUGAUAAUUAGUCAACUGGAGGCCAACGGUCAAUUGAGCCUGCUGUCGAAAAGUUUAAACGACCCGACCAAGCGGAACACGUUGUGCGUGGACGACUAGCCUAGGUUAAAUAUGUGUAUAUGAUUGUACAGAAUUUUGAAUGAGUGUGAUUUUCCGGCUAAUAAAUCCAACAAUGGUGCU